GGAGGGGAGGCGAUGGGGCGGCGGAGAGGAGCUGCUCAUCAGCUGGAUGGGAUGGGGUGGAUGUUUGGCCACUGCUGCAAAAAUAAUUCAAAUUCCGAACCGUCCGAUGGCAAUCUGCGCAGCUUGGAUCAAAUAAAUCACUCGCUACUGCUGCUGGGGGCUCGCUGGCUUAUGCAACUCAUGUGGCCUGUCCAGUGGUUCGCCGGCCAGGAGGGACCUGCAGAGAAUGGCCACCGAACUCCGAGCACCGGCGGGCAAACAGCAGCAAACAUUGUGCGGACUCAUCCUCAUCAGCGCCGCAGUUACAACUUCGCCGUACGCGACUGGAACUCUCCCUCUGUCAUCAAUAGGCCGGAAUAAUCAGUUUUUGUCGCGCCGCAGCCUCAUCUGCGACUGUGAAAAAUGACCCCUCUUUAUCAUCAAUCACGUAGGCUUUUUAUGCCUCCGUCCGUCGAUUAGCGAUUCAAUGCGAGAUGGUUCCCCGGAGAUGGGCAGGUGGCCGAAAGACUAGAACUAUGCUAAUGGCGUGUGUUGCGCAUGCGCCUUGAUGGCGGUUGGUUCGGAAAAGAGAAUGCUACUAAAUUAAGUGCUAUCAAAAUCAAAUCUUAAUUUUAAACUGUUGCCUCUUCGUAUUCUUAUUUUUUGGUCAGUUUCCUCUUUCUGCCAAAGUAAAAUAUGAAGCUCUGGUGGUGAUGCUGCGCAUGCGCCGUGAGUGCAAUUCUUGGAUAUUAUCUGUUGAUCUAAAUUAAUAGAGCUGAAAAUCUUUAUGACUCCUAAUUAGUAUAUAAGGAUGGAUUAAAACAACUGUUAGUACUAGCUAAGAAUCGGAAUACUGUUGAUGUGCAGGACGACUAAACUUUCGA